GUCAAAAGUCACACUUUUCCAUUCCACGCGUGAAUGCUCUUUGCAUUGUUUUCCAUUUUCAAAACCCAAGGCUCUCUCCUCUCUCUUUAUUAGCUAUAGACAGUUUCAAUAAGCACUUCAAUUAAGCCAGAGUCUCAAGUUAUAACCCGGCAUAACAUAAAGACUUCAGAGACUUCUCAGCUCUAAUUGUUUCCUUCACUAAAAAUAGAACAAUCUUGAGAUUCCUAACAAAUUUUACAUCACAGUUUCUUUGCAUUCUGAAGCUAAGAAAACUAUGUCUGCAAUGGUGGAGGUGAGAGUUCCGAACCUUGACUGUGAGGGAUGUGCUACUAAGUUGAAGAAAGCUCUCUUCAAGCUCAAAGGAGUAGAAGAUGUAGAAGUAGAAAUGGAGACACAAAAGAUUACAGUGAGAGGAUAUGCCUUGGAGGAAAAAAAGGUUCUUAAAGCAAUCAAGAGAGCUGGAAAAGCAGUGGAGCCAUGGCCAUUCCCUGGAUACUCUCAUUUUGCCUCAUUUUACAAAUACCCAACUUACAUUGUUAACCAUUAUUAUGACACAUACAAAAAUGAAGCUACCACAGGCGUACACACUUUCUUCCAAACCCCUGCUGUUUAUUCAGUCGCCGUCGCAUCCGAUGAAGCUAUUGCUUCACUCUUUAGCGAUGACAAUGCGCAUGCUUGUACAAUCAUGUGAACAUGCUUCUCUUUUUUUUUUUCUUCUUUUUUUCUCUCCCUCCUUUUUUUGGUCUUAUCUAAUUGAUGUUUUAUUAUUUUUUGAGAGAUGGAGAGGUUUAAUGCUGUCUUUUUGUUUGGCUCGAAGCUUGUCAUUGUAAUAGUAUGUCAUUUAUAUUAUUUUUCAUCUUAUAUUUGUGUU